UCUGCGGCAAGUAAGGAGUUUAGAUCCAGCGCUGUUCUUGACUGAUGCAGGAAUAACAGACGCAGCCAGACUUGAAUGUUAAACACACAGUCGCCGACUUAAAGUGUAAGAUCGUUGCGAGUAAAUGGGAUUCAACGUCUGCCGAACAGAAUGUAAAGAAUUCCUUGAAGGAUGUGGGGAAUUAAAGGCUCAUGCUCUGCGCUGUUAUUGUUGUUUAUGGCUUAUAUCUCCGUGUCCUCGGUUAAUGCCGAUAGUUUAUCUGCUCCGCUCAAUGUGACCAUCAAAGCACUGGAGGGGAAUUCAGCGAUAGUGACAUGGGAAAUUCUGGAAGGAGACCCAGUCAUUGGGUUUGCCAUCACCCAGCAGAAGAAGGACGUUCGCAUGUUGCGAUUCAUCCAAGAAGUGAACACCACCACUCGUUCAUGUGCAUUAUGGGAUUUGGAGGAAGACACAGAGUACAUUGUCCAUGUGCAGUCCAUUAGCAUGAGUGGCACCAGCCCUCCCAGUGAACCUGUUCUGUUCCGCACACCAAAAGAGUCUGAGAAACUGGCCUCCAAAAGCCCAGAUGAAGUAACAAUGGAGGAGGUUGGCCAGGCUGCCCAGCUCAGGGCUGGGGAGCUCAUCAUCAUUGUCGUGGUUCUCGUUAUGUGGGCAGGUGUGAUAGCUCUCUUCUGUCGCCAAUAUGACAUCAUCAAAGACAAUGAGCCCAACAAUAACAAGGACAAAGCCAAGAACUCGUCAGAGUGCAGUACCCCAGAGCACCCUACGGGGGGACUACUGCGCAGCAAGGUCUAAUUACGCCUUCCCCUGUCGGCAAUAAAAGGCUUUAGCCUCAGGACAGUGCUCUGAGACAAAACAAGUAAGCCAUCAAAUAACAAAGUCAUGAAGCCCACCUUUCAUCUCCAAUCAAACAACCUUUUAGGACUCCCAUCAUCCAACAUGAACUCUUUGGUGCUUGUGUGUUUUGGACAUUGACACAAACUUGAGGACAAAGUGGACAAAUUAACUCCAGAGCUGCCACACUGGAAGUUUUAGAUGUUUUAAAGCGAGUCAUUGCGUUUCGAUCCACAGCUCCAGCCUUGAAAGGGUACCUCAGCUAAAGGACUGAAACUCCACUGUGAGGUGGAAGACCAGAGGCAACUUGCCAACAGGAGUGUCUUUGGCUCAUGUGUAGCUUCACAGAGAUAAGGAGAAUCCUGUCACCCCAAUGUGGCAUGUCCUACAUAAAGGAGAAUGGUGUGUUUUGGGGAAAAGAAAAAGGGGGUGCUUUUCUGAGCUCACCACCGUAAUCAGCUCUGAAACAGGAUCAGGACCAUCAUUGAACCUCUGUCACUGACAGGGAUCACAAUACUACAUUUCACUCCACUAUCUUUCCAUCUGUUUCAUACCUUCUCUAUUUACCCCUUAUCACUUUCUCAUUUAUUUGGUUCCCAAUUUCACCACACCUCCAGUUUUGAUUUCUUUUCACUAGGUGGUUCUUCAAAAUAUUAUGCACAGUGUUGGGUGUAACGUGAUUACAAAGUUAUUAUUUACUGUUAUCUAAAUACUUUUAAGUCAAAAAGUAGUGGAAAGAAUUUCAACAUUUAAAAUUCUUGUAAUCAGAUUACAUGUACUUUCAAUUAUGUUACAAUUACAUUACUGUACAUAUGUAACCCAUUUCUAAAAUAAUAUUUACGUGUUAUACAUUAAAAACAUAAUUAUGUUAAUAUGCACAUCGUUUGUGUUCCUGUGACCGUGUGGUGCUGACUCUAUUGCAGUAGACAAGGAGGACAAAUAAAAACAUUAAAUAUUUUGAAUUCCUUGAGCGAAAAAAAAAAAAUUACACUUUUCUGUGAAAAGUGUUAGGGGUUUUAGAAAUUAACGUAAAGUAGUUAGUAAUGUGAUUAUUUUUCCAUGAAGUAAUGAGUAGUGUAUCCAUCCAUCCAUCGUCAACCGCUUAUCCUGUGUACAGGGUCGCGGGAUGAGUAGUGUAAUCUGAUUAUAAUAUUAAAGAAUAGUAAUUCAUACUGGAUUCAAAUUUUGAGUAAUUUACCACCCAACACUGGUUAUGCAGUCCCUUCCCGUUUUAAUCCAAUAUCCAGCCAAUGAGAAACCGCCCAGACACUUGUGUUGUUAAUUGGUGCAGUGGAAUCUUUCUUCAAAGCACUCUCGCUCUCAGGGCAUUCUGGAAAACACUAACAGAACAAACGAUGGACCACGCUGGCCGCGUCUCAUUUACUCACCUGUGGCCAAAUCACACUGCUCAGACUGAACUGCAAACUCAUUGGAUGAUGAAGAUCUUCAUAUUAUAAUAGUGAUAGAAAAUGUGUUUAAUCGCUUGUGUGUCUCAAGUAAUUCAACCGCUUGCUGUCUCUACUGAGCACAUUACUGUACAGUGAUGGUUCUAGUCCUCAUAUUACAUUCAUUUGCUUAUUCUUUAUGAGUAUGACUAUUCUAUUUAUCGCUUUAAUGUGUUGCUACAAAGUAGAGUCGGGUGCCUUUUUCUACUGGGUUUUCUUUUUGCCAUACUUCCCCUCUAAAAACCUUAAUCUUACAAGUCAACAUGAAAUCAAAAUCAACCCCAUUUACUUUCUUAAAACCUGGUCUUAUCAUGAACAAUUAAUCGGUUAAGUUAUUUCAAAGAAUAACAAAUUGUUUUUUCAUAAUUUUUCCUCGAUAUUUAAUAAACUGCUUCUAAAAUGACUUUCCUUUUCAGCUGACUUUACAAACCAUAUCUUUUUUUCAACUCAUCCCCAUAAGCCACCUGUCAUAUAGAGACUACCUUUCAUGUUCCAAUCAAUUGUUCACAAAUAAAAUCAAGUUCAAAGUUGAC